GCCUGGCGGCAACGCCCCUCUCCCCUGCCGCACACUUAGCAAGCUCACCCUCUAAAAGGGGGUUGCUGAGGAUUCGCGGGUUUAUGAUGACGACACCGAAGGUGCUAGCCAAGGAGGCCAGGCGGAAGGGGCGGAGCCGGAAGCAGAUGUGCGGCCGGAGUUAGCGGCGUCUCAGUUGCCAUGGAGACCAGGAGCAGCAAAGGGCGAAGAACUGUGGAGUACGAGACCUAUGAGGCUCUGGGGACCCCAUGGGCGCCCCCCUCCCGUCCGACCGGGUCCAGAAGCCCCAGCCAGUCCACCAGGAAGUCCUCCUUGCCGUCCUCUCUCGCCUACUCGGAGCGUUUGUCCUCCGGCUUCCCCGCGCGGCCCCGCCGCGUCUCGCCGCUCGCCCUGGCGCCGCGCCCCGAGCCGCAGAUGCUGAGUUUGCGCCCCUCGUCGCUGCGCACGCAGGACAUCUCGCACCUGCUCACCGCCGUCUUCCGCAACCUGUACUCGGCAGAGGUGAUCGGCGAGGACUUGAGCGGCUGCCUGAUCAAAGCCCGCGGCAGCGAGGACGCGCGCCACGAGGAGUUCGUGGACGAGCUGCAGCAGAUCCGGGAGCUCUAUAAGCAGCGGCUGGAUGAGGUUGAAAUGCUGGAGAGGCACAUCAUCCAGGCCCGUGCACGAUCCAUCGCGGAGAAGGAGCGGGCCAUGACCCAGGCCCAAGCGCACGUCCUCGAGACCCCCGUCAAGUUGCCUCCAGUGAAGUCUGUCUUCCGAUGGUGUAUCGACAGCGAGCUGCUACAGAGACAUCAUCUGAUCUGCCCCGAGGAUUACUACAGCGAUACCGUGCCGUUUUGCUCUGCGCCUAAAGGCAUGUUUCCCCCUGGAUGUUCAAAACUGACAUUUAGCUGUGAGAAGCGUUCAGUCCCAAAGAAAGACCGGAACCAGAGGCCGGAAGAUUCACGCAAGAAGGUCACCGAGUUGGAAGAUGAGUUAGACUACACUAUGGACAGCCUCAUGCAGGACUCAACUCUGACACCCAAACAGAAGACCAAAGAAACCCUCCCGGCGAGUCCAUCCAAGAAUAAAAACUGGAUGAACCACUUACGUGUGCCACAGAGGGUGCUGGAGCGACUGCAGCUCGCCAGGAUGGAGCAUCGGAGCCGCUUCCUAAAAAACCCUCGCUUUUUCCCUCCUAACACCCCGCACGGAGGCAGGUCUCUCGUUUUCCGUCCAGAAAAGCCAGCCCAGGUAGGAGCUUUCCAGAGCGCAGAGCCAGGACAGAGCUGUGCCAACACUCCAGUGUUUCUGGCUAAGCCGGCCAUCGCGUUUUUCACAGACUAUGCCGUGGGGCCAGUGUACGAGACUGUGAUUGGGCUGCAGAACAUCACCGCCUCCAGUCGCUACCUGCGAGUCAUCCCACCCUCGACUCCGCACUUCGCUCUGGGAUUGGGGAUGUUCCCAGGGAAAGGUGGAAUGGUGGCUCCUGGGAUGACCUGCCAGUACAUUGUCCAGUUUCUCCCCGACUGCCUUGGGGACUUCGACGAUUUCCUCCUGGUCGAGACCCAGUCGGCCCACACGCUCAUGGUCCCCUUGCAGGCCCGGAGGCCGCCCCCGGUGCUGACAUUGCCUCCCGUGUUGGACUGUGGCCACUGCCUCAUCGGGGGAAUAAAGGUGACCACUUUCAUCUGCAAAAAUGUGGGCCUCAGUGUCGGCAGGUUCUGCAUCAUGCCCAAAAAGAGCUGGCCACCGCUGAGUUUCAGGGCUGUGGCAACCGUCGGCUUUGUUGAGCAACCUCCCUUUGGAAUCAUGCCGUCGGUGUUCGAGCUGGCUCCAGGGCUUGCCACGUUAGUGGAGGUCUUGUUCCUGCCGACGAGCCUAGGACAGGCCAGGCAGACCUUCGUCAUCGUGUGCGACAACUGCCAGAUAAAGGAGUUGGCGAUCGUAGGAACUGGGCAGCUGGUGGCUUUGGACCUGAUCUAUAUUUCUGGGGAAAAAAGUCAGCCAAACCCUGGAGAGCUAACGGACUUAACGGCCGAACACUUCAUACGGUUCGAGCCCGAAAACCUGCACUCCACAGCGACAAGGCAGCUGGUUAUUAGAAAUGCCACGCACGUGGAGCUGGCCUUCCACUGGCAGCUCAUGAAGCCCAACCUGCAGCCCCUGAUGCCCGGAGAGACCUACAGCAUGGACAGCAUCAAGUACCACCCCGACAGGGACAGCGCCUUCUCCAUCGUGCCCCAAAAGGGGGUCCUCAGUCCCCACACGGACCACGAGUUCACCCUGAGCUUUUCUCCUCAUGAGCUGAGGGUUUUCCACAGCGUGCUCCAGAUGGUGCUGGAAGACAUCCCAGAGCCCGUAAGUCUGGAAGGGGACAAUCUGGAGGACCCCUCCUACUACGCGGAUGACGUGAUCGUCCUGGAAAUCGAGCUGAAAGGCCCAGCGGAGCCUUUCCAGGUUCUCCUGGAACCUUACGCCCUCCUCCUCCCGGGGGAGAACUACGUUGGCAUAAACGUGAAGAAAGACUUUAAGAUGUGGAACAACAGCAAGUCACCCAUCAGAUACAUGUGGGGCAAGAUCUGUGACUGCCACAUCAUCGAAGUGGAACCCUGCAUAGGAGUCAUCGAGCCCAACGAGGUUGGGGAUUUUGAGUUGAACUUCACCGGGGGUGUCCCUGGCCCAACAAGCCAGGACCUGCUGUGUGAAAUCAAAGAUUCGCCCACACCAGUGGUGUUACACAUCGAAGCGGCCUUUAAGGGGCCUGCCCUGGUCAUCGACCUCCCAGCCCUUCAGUUUGGUCUGCUCCGCCUGGAACAGAAAGCCACCAAGACCAUCCAGAUCCGGAAUGUCAGCCAGCUCCCAGCCAGGUGGCACAUGAGGGAGAGCCCCGUCUGCCUGGAGGAAAGGCAUGAGGACGUGUCCCCCUUUGAAAUGGAGCCGUGCAGCGGGCAGCUGCACCCGCUGGGGGAGUGCAGAGUGACCGUCACCUUGGAGGCCCUGCGCUGCUGGCGGCUGCAGACCGUCCUGGAGCUGGAGGUGGAGGACGGAACCGGGAGCUACCUCCCUGUGUAUGCCGAGGUCCAGGAGCCCCAUGUCUACCUGCAGAGCAGCCACGUGCAACUCAGUGACCUCUACCUGGGCGUGCCCUCGAAGGUGGCCCUCACCCUCACCAAUGGCACUUUCCUGCCCACCCGGUUCCACUGGGGCAAGCUCCUAGGGCACCAAGCAGACCUCUGCUCAGUGACGGUCUCCCCCAGACGUGGCCUGCUGGGCCCCAGCGAGGAGCACCAGCUCACCCUGGAGUUCACUGCUCAUGCCCUGGAGGAGCUGAGCGAUCUGGCCCUGCCCUGCCGUGUGUCAGGCAUGAAGAAGCCACUGGUCCUGGGCAUCUCUGGGAAGCCCCAGGGCCUACAAGUGGACAUUGCGGUCUCUGUGGACUCCCACAGCAGCACGAAGUGGUGGCCAGGCCACCCGGAGGAGCUGUGCCUGGACUUCGGCUCGACAGUGCCACUGUGGACCCGUGUGAGCCGCCAGCUCGUCCUGACCAACCGCUCUCCAAUAGAGACCCCAUUCACACUCCAGUUCGAGUACUUUGGGAGCCCCCCGAGCUGCCUGGGCAAGACGACCAGCCUCCCCGACGUCGCUCCUGCCCUGCUGAGGACAGCUCGGAUCCAAGAGCACCUGGCCAAGCGAGAGAAGCAGGACUUCAUGGAGAGCAUGUUGUCUUGUGGGAAGGGAGCUGCUUUCCUUCCCCACGUUUCCCGGGGCACGCUGGGAGCCUACCAGGAGCUGAGCAUCGACCUCACAGGCUGUGCGAACAUGUGGGGCGAGUACUGGGACCGCCUCAUCUGCACGGUGGGAGACCUGCCGCCCACGAUCAUCCCGGUGCACAUGGCAGCGGUGGGCUGCCCCAUCAGCACCCUGCGGCCCACCUUCUACACCGUGGACCAGAUCCAGAAGGAGCCCAUUGUCAGGUUUGGAACCCAGGUCUCUGGAGGAGAGGUGAUCACCCGAACCCUUCACCUGUAUAACUCCAGCCCCUGCGACAUCCGCCUGGACUGGGAGACCUACGUGCCAGAAGACCGGGAGGACCAGCUGCUGGAGCUGCGGGUGUUCUAUGGACCACGCUUCCCGCUGCGGGACCAGGCUGGCAACGAGCUAGUGUGCCCCGAGACUCCUGACAGCAGCAGCUCCCGCUCAUCCUCAGACCCCUCCAACCUGUUAGAGUUCAGCCGGGAAGCUGUCCCGUCGGUGGAGAGCAGUUCCAGUACCAGCGACGGAGUCCCGGAGAGGAUCAUCUCCGUGGUCCUGCAGGAGCACAUGGGGGUGCCCGCCGGCCACCUGUACCGCGUCAGCCCCCAGCAGGUGGUGGUCCCCGCUGGGGGCAUCAGCACCAUCUCCAUCUCCUCCACACCCAUGGCGCUCGGCCCGGAUGUCCUGCACAAGGUGGAGUGCAUCGGCUACGCCCUGGGCUUCAUGAGCUUGGACAGCGAGGUGGAAAGGGAGAUCCCAGGGAGGAGGCACCGCUUGCAGGACUUCGCCGUGGGCCCCCUGCGGCUGGACCUGCACGGCUACGUGAGGCCCGCACAGCUGAGCGUGGAGCUGGACUACGACGGCGGUGUGAAGUUCUGGUGCCAGGCCAGUGACCUGAUCCCCGAGCAGCCCUGCUGUGGGGUGCUGAGCGAGCUGGUGAUCACGCACCACCUGAAGCUGAUCAACGCCACGGAAAUCCCACACUACUUCCGGCUGCGGGUCUCCAAGCCCUUCUCCGUUUCUCAGUCCGGGGCCAGGCGGGGCCGCCGAGCUCCAGCUCCAGGCCCGGAGCAGGACUGUGAGCAGGAGACCACCUCCGCGGGCCAGCUGCUGGAGCUCCGUCCACAGGAGAACAUGCUGGUGAACGUGGCCUUCUCCCUGUCCCUGGAGCUGCUCUCCUACCAGAAGCUCCCGGCCGACCAGAUGCUGCCCGGAGUGGCCAUUCGGCAGAGCGCCCGCGGGGAGAAGGAGAUGGUGUUCGCCCAGGAACUGCUCCUGGACUACACCAACCAGACCAGGCAGGUGGUGCCCCUGCAGGCCGUGGUGGCUGUGCCCGAACUCCAGCUCUCCACCAGCUGGGUGGACUUUGGGACCUGCUUCGUGAGCCAGCGGAGGGUGCGGGAAGUCUCUCUGAUGGCGGCUUCUCGGGGAAGCCACCUAUGGCGGUGCGUGUGCAUCCUCCUUCCCCUCGGUGCAGGCCAGCAGGAGCCAGCCAAGGAGGCAGUGGCCUUCGAGGUCUCUCUGAGCAGUGGGGUGCUGGAGGCACGGCCCACCAAUGCACCCCCAACCUCCAUCAUUCUGCAGAUUUUCUUCACAGCCAGGAGCAGCAACCUGUACGAGGGCACGCUGGCGGUGGAAGGCGUGCUGGGCGAGAAGACCUGCGCCCUGCGGCUCCGCGGGCAGGGCUCGUGCGAUGAGAAGUACCUGUCACCUUACCAGCUCUGAGCUUUCCCAGCCCAGCCACCCCUCCAUGCCGUAAGUGAACACGGCCCAGGGCUGCAGUGGGGCCUACUGCGCGGGGACACAGACCAGGGGACCUCUGAGCAGCCCCCAGGGUGGGCGUCCCUCCUAGGGCGAGGGUCUCCACCCAGGCCGACGGAUGCACCGACGCGAGGACGGCACCAUGGAGACCACGGAGCUCAGAGCCCUCACACAGACCGGGCAGAGACGGCACGGCAGACACUGGUCCUUAGUAACACGUUUAAUACGGCAUCGCGGUCCUCAUCCGGGACACUCGCCGCCCCAGGAGCCCCGUGACGGCCCUGUGGCACGGGUGACGCAGGCUGACG